CGAAAGGCUUAAUUCAUUGCAAAUGCAAAAUAUUUUAUGCGCUUAGUCGUAUUUAUUUAGUUGGAGCGUACAGAAAGCGUUACAAGGCGGCAGCGAUCGAAACGGGCGAGCGUACAGCGCGUUAAAGUGUUAGCACACUCGAGCCGAGCCGAAGCGAGCACCGAGCCGUAUAGAAAUUCAAACAAAACAUUAAAAAUUUAAUUAAAUUUGCAAGAAAAUUUAGCACGCACUUUGAAUACUUUGUAUUGAUAGUAGUUUGAGAAUUUUCAGCUAAACAAGUGCGAAGAAAUUAAAAAAAAAAAAAAUAUAUAUAUAAAUAUCACUUCCACUUUUAAUCAAUUGCUACAAAAUAAUGAAUGUUAAAUUGCUCGUGAUUUGUCUGGGUGUGUUAAUGUUGAGCUGUCAAGUGUGUGAUGGCCGACGUGGACGUGGCCGAGGACGCACCAAAUCGAGAGUACAAAUUGGUUUACCCAUAACAGGCAAAUAUCGUGAUCCUGAAUCGGAUCAGUAUUACAAUAAUAACAAUGGCGCAAAAAUUCUACAAGCCUCACAUUUCGAUUAUGAAUACGUUUUGGGUCAUAAAAUCGCUUUUCUUUGUGUGGCUAAAGGUAAUCCGCGUCCACACAUCACUUGGUAUAAGGAUGGCACGGAGAUUUUUCAACAUCUCUACAUGCAUGUGCACGAGUGGCGCAUUGGCGAUGAUAGAGUGAAAUCGAAAAUCGAAAUCGAUCCAGCCACACAAAUGGAUGCCGGGCUCUAUGAAUGCACCGCCGAUAAUAUGUACUCGAUAGAUCGGCGCAGCUUUAAGACAGAUUUCUCGAUUGCUUUCGAUUAAGUUAGGGAGUAUUUACAUUUUUAUAAGUCUAUACAAUUUUUCAUACUCAGUUGCAUAUGUAGCAUAUUUAAGAAAAAUAAGAGUACUAAAAUAAAAUAACAAAUCGAGGGCUGAUAUUCAAUACCCUCUAUCUGCAAAACCUCAAUUUUUCAGGAGAGCAAAAAAACUAUUUUGACAGCUAUUUUUAAAAGUAUUAAUAAUUUUAAGUCCCUACGCAUGUCUUAAAAAUUCACGCUAUAUAUUAA